GCCGAGGCCAGGAAGGGGCUGUGGAGGUGUGAUGCGGGGGGGGCGGAGGCCGUGACCGUGACCGUGACCAUACCUGUCUCCCGACAUGAACUCACUGGAACAGGCGGAAGAUCUCAAGGCUUUUGAGAGAAGACUGACUGAAUACAUACAUUGCUUGCAACCUGCCACUGGACGAUGGAGAAUGCUUCUUAUAGUGGUAUCUGUCUGUACAGCUACUGGUGCCUGGAACUGGUUAAUAGAUCCCGAAACACAAAAGGUGUCUUUCUUCACCUCCCUGUGGAAUCAUCCAUUUUUCACCAUUAGCUGUAUCACUCUCAUAGGCUUGUUUUUUGCUGGAAUACAUAAAAGAGUAGUCGCACCAUCAAUUAUAGCUGCUCGAUGUCGAACUAUAUUAGCAGAGUAUAAUAUGUCGUGUGAUGAUACAGGAAAACUGAUUUUGAAACCUAGGCCUCAUGUUCAGUAACAAUCUGCUCUCACUGUUAUGGGACUUACAAAGCAACACUGCUUCCAAUGACUGGGACAGCCAGAAGCCAUAAAGGAUCCCUUAUACAACUGGAUCUGUGAAGAUCAUAGCAACAAGUGACAAGAAGUGUGCAAUAUUUACCAGAUUAUCAUGAUGAUGACUCCUUGUUAUCCUUGCUUUUGGGAUCUUUGAUUACCUGUAUUUCAGUAUUAGUGUUACUUUAGUAUUGCAUUUUUGCAGAUGAAGUGGGUCUGUAUAUAUUUAAGUUAAAUGUAGAAACAACCUCAUUCAGUUUUUAUAAUUUUUUUUAUUUUUACAAACUACUGUAAAUAGCAGAUCAAUGCCAAUUUGAAACAAAGGGGAAAACUUUGUAUGGACUUAGUUUUCCUGUACCAGUAUUUCAGGAACAUCUGUUUGCCAUUCCACAGCUCUAUAAAACUAACUGUUGUUUGUAGCUGUGUCUUUCAUCCUGUACACUCUCCUCUCUUUUGAUCAUAUCACAGGAAUAACAUUGAAUUGAGUUUAGGCUAAGGAAAACUCUAUUAUGUUUUAAGAAAUUAUAGGUAUUUUGAGAAAUAAUUUUUGUUAUACCAAAUACUGAAUCUCAGCCACUGUUGUGGUUCUAUUUUUCAAUUCAUUAUUUUCCUUUAAUGCUAAAUACACUUUUUAUUUUAAAAUAAUUGUUAGAAUAUUAUACAGGUUUCUGAAUAUGCAAAUUCAUUUAUAAAUUAUGUGUUAUCCUGGAAUUUGAUAGCUUUAUUGAAUUUUGUACUAUGGCAGACAGGCUGUAUUGGACAGGUAUGACUGAUCACCCUUUUCUGUCCUGAGGUACUAUGGGAGCAUGCCACAGGCUGGAGUUGACAAUUCCCACUGUUCAAGAGUGUUAAUGUCUCACUGUAUAUGCAUAAUAGCCACAGUACUAAAAUCCAAAACCCAAAUCAAACCCAUUGCCAUCGAGUCAGCUCCAACUCAGAGGGUUUCCAAGGCUAUAAAUCAUUACAGGAGCAGGGUAACCUCAUCUUCUGCAGAGCUGCUGGAGGAUUUGAACCAAUGGACUUAAGGUUUAACACUCCAACAACACUUAACAUGACAGCAUCACCACGGCUCCUUGUAGUAUAAUGUCCAUUAAAGUUAAAGUUGGGGUUGCUGUAGUUAUCCUUAAAAUAUAAGAGGUGCCUUUUUACUUGUUUAUAAGAUGAAUUUGAAAAGUUUAAUUACUUCAUGAGCACCUUAUAAAUUUUUACUUAACAUAAAGCUGAAAAUUCAUUCACAGGACAAAAAAUUCUUAACAAGGCUGCCAUUUAUAUUAAAAUGUGUCCAUCUUGACUUUCAUAUGUAAAAUGUUUUAUUCUUUAACUGUAGUAAUAAAUAACCCUCUGCUCCUAAGAAAUUUUAAAAGGGGAUUAUUUGUUCAGCGUUUCAGUAAAUUUUUUAGGUAAAUAUGUUCAUAAGAAUAAAUACUUUAUAUAUAA